AUGAAAUUAAUUAUAUUAAUUGUAUUAAGCAUUUUAAUAUCAAUUGUAAUUUCAGGAUCAGUACAAAGUAAAAUUACUACAACACGUGGUAUUAGUAAUGUAUACAGUAAAAAUGAUAUAAAUAAUAUAAAACAAUUCAUUUCAAGUAAAUACAAUGGUAAUACCAAAUUAUAUGGUGAAUCAUUAAAGGAUACAUUUUAUGGAGUUGGAGUUUUAACACGUAUUGGUGAAACAAAUAUUGAAGCAACAAAAGACAUUUGUAAACAAACCAAAGAACAAUUAAAACAAAAUAAAUUUACAGAUAUUGAAUUAGUUUUCAAUGGAGUUACUAUCCUUUCAGAAUUAAAAUGUUUACAAGGUGAAUCAUCAUCAUCAUUGGGAAAUGAACAACAAUUACAAGAUUUAUUAAAAAAUAAAUUAGAGAAUGGUUCAUUAUUGGAAAAGACACAAGCUAUUAAUAUUUAUUUCACACUUUCAAGUGCAAAAGCAAUCGAUUCAAAAACCGUUUCAAUAAUUGAUCCAUUAUUGAUACAAGCUGUUAAUUCAAUGGUUUCACUCAUGGACGAAGAUGGUACUUUCAAGUCUGUCAGUACCGAUGAUGAAGGUAACCUUCAAAAUACAGCCGCUGCAUACUUUGCAUUGGCUCGUUUAUCUCAUCGUUUAAAGAGUAAUGAAGUCGAUAAGUUGGUAGCAAAAGUUGUAAACAAAGUUGACACUGUUUUAGCAUCCGCCGACGAAACCACCGACAGUCUAUACUUUAACGACCUUUCAACCACUUCCUCACUCUUACAUGGUUUACUCUCAUUGGCAAGCGUUAACGAUAAGGUGGCCGAUGUCAUUAGUAACAAGCAAAUCAAUCAAAUCUCUGAAUACCUUUUAAGACAAAAGAAUGUUGAAUCCCUCUCUGAUGCUUACCAUUUAAUCGUUGCACUCAAGAGAUGUCAAAAGAAUUCAAUCUCUCAACCAAUCUCUUUGGCUUUAGUUAAAUCAAUUUACUCACCAUCCGGUUUGAAUGAUAUUCGUGUUCGUGUCACCGAUAUUUUCGAUCAACCAAUCGAAGCAUCAAUUGUGAUCAACAAGGUUGUCUCAUCAAAGAAUCCACGUUCAACACCAAUACUCUCUGGUAAGGAAAUGAAAUUCCAAUCCUCUGAUAACAGCUUUGUCGCCGAUCUCUCCAAUGAGAACCUUAAAUUGGGUUCAUACAAUUUCGAAUUCAAAGUUCAACCAGUCGAUACCGAUAGUUACAAAUCUAUCACCAACAUUCAAAUCAUUACAAUCACUGGUGCCGUUACCGUCAACGAUAUGAAAUUAUCAUAUGCACCAAAAUCCGAUCAAUUAGGUUCUCCAAAGACUACCAAUGAAGUUCAAUUUGGUCAAAAAUUACCAUUAAUUGAAAUCCCAUCAAAUAAUAUCGCUCGUAUCUUCUUUAGAAUCGCAUCUGAAGCUCAACCAUAUCAAGCUCAACAAGUUGGUAUUCGUUUCUAUUCACCAGCUAGAGAAGCCGUAGUUCCAGCAACUUACUCUGCUGAUGCCUACUCUUACACCUUCACCAAUAAAGAUGCUUGCAAGAUUUUAGGUUGUCAAUCUGGAAAUUAUCAAUUGGAUUUAAUCAUUGGUGAUCAAUCAAUCACUCCAUUACAAUGGAAUUUCGGUGAAAUUAAUUUGAAAUUCAAUCAAUCAACCAUUCCAACCAAUCGUUAUCCAGAACAACUCCCAAUCUCUCACAACUUUAGAGUAGCUGAAAAGAGACCACCACAAUCUAUCUCAAGUUUAUUCACUCUCUUGGUCUUAUCACCAAUCGCCAUCUUUGUCAUUGGUCUCUUAUUCGUUGGUACCAAUCUUGGUAGAUUCCCAACUGGUAUGGGUUUCAUUUACACCAUUGGUUUCCUUGGUUGUAUCUCUGCAACUGGUCUCUUAAUUGUAAACUAUUGGUUACACUCCACAAUGGAUGUUACCCUCAAAAAUUUAGCUUUAUUAAUGAUUCCAUUAGUUUUCUUUGGUCAUAAAUCAAUGAGUUAUUAUUCAAAUCUUUCUUCUUCAAAUAUUAAAAAAGAUUAA